AUGCCCUGGUUCCGGGCUCCCGUGGGAGCCAACCAGACCUGGACGCGUGACUUUGUCUUGCUGGGCUUCGCCCACGUGCCCACGCUGCGCCCGCUGCUCUCUGCGCUUUUCACGGCCAUGUUCACGCUCACGCUGCUGGGCAACGGUCUCCUCGUGCUGCUGAGCAUCUGGGACCCCGUCCUGCAGGCACCCAUGUACUUCUUCCUGCGCCAACUGGCCCUUGUGGAGGUCUGCUUCUCCCUGGAUAUCGUGCCCCGACUGCUCGCCACGCUGCUCUGGCCGGGGCGCGGCCUGUCACCCGUGAGCUGUGCCCUGCAGCUGCUGCUGGUGCUGGCCUGCGUGACGACAGAGUGCUUCCUCCUGACGGCCAUGGCCUGGGACCGCUACGUGGCCAUCUGCAGGCCCCUGCACUAUGGCAUCAUCAUGAGCCCGCGGCUCUGCCACCUGCUGGCAGCCACCUGCUGGCUGGCCGGUGUCCCAGUGUCCCUGGUCUUCACCAUCUGGCUGUUCAGCUUCCCCUUCUGUGGGCCCCGGGGCAUCCGCCACUUCUUCUGCGACAUCGCCCCUCUGCUGAGCCUCGUGUGCGCAGACACCAGGCUCUUUGAGGCCAAUGUGCUGGUGGCCACCGUGCUGGUCAUCAUGACUCCCUUCUGUCUGAUCGCCGCGUCCUACAUCGGCGUGCUGGCCACCGUCCUACGCAUGCCCUCAGCCACGGGGCGCCACAAAGCCCUGUCCACGUGUGCCUCCCACCUCAUCGUGGUGGUUCUGUUUUACGGCACAACGGGGGUCAUCCACUUGCGACCCAAGGCCAGCUACUCCCCUGAGAGCAAGCAGGUGGUUUCCCUCUCCUACACGCUGGUCACCCCCAUGCUCAACCCCCUCAUCUACAGCCUGCGGAACAAGGAGGUGAAGGCUGCUCUGGGCCGUGUGUGCUGGGGGCGGCACGGGUCAGGGCCCCGGGAAUGA